GAGACUACGAUUAAUCCCUAACUCACUCCAGACCAGUUAGAAUUAGGGGGGCUGGAUCUUGAAGACUGUUUAAGAUAAACAGGUAAUAAUACAGUUCAAGCCACAACUUGUACGACUCAGAGCUCCUGAAGUUAAAUAAAUCCUUGUCUCCAGUGAACAUGGACAAACCGGUUUGUCUCAUUGACACGACGUCAGAUGGGAGGCUGUGUGUACAGGAGUCAGCGCUGCAGAUCCUGCAGAAGAUUGAGCAGCCGGUGGUGGUGGUCUCUGUGGUGGGUCUCUACCGCACCGGGAAGUCCUACCUGAUGAACCGUCUCGCUGGGAAACAAACAGGAUUUGCGUUGGGCAGCACAGUUGAGUCGAAGACGAAGGGCAUCUGGAUGUGGUGUGUGAACCAUCCAACUAAAGCAGGAACCACCCUGGUGCUGCUGGACACUGAAGGUCUUGGAGAUGUGGACAAGGGAGAUUCAAAGCAUGAUACCAAGAUCUUCUCUCUUGCCAUCCUUCUGAGCAGCACUCUAGUGCUGAAUAGCCAAGGGACGAUUGACAACAGGGCUAUUGAGGAACUGCAAUAUGUCACAGAAUUGACUGAGUAUAUCAAGAUCAAAUCAUCUGAUGAAGAUGAAGAUGGCUCAGAGUUUGUUAAGUUCUUUCCUAGUUUCAUCUGGGUUGUGAGGGACUUCACCCUGGAACAAAAAAUCAAUGGCAAAUACGUGACUGAAGACCAAUAUUUGGAAUUUGCCUUGAAGCUAAAACCAGGCACUUCCAGAACAGUACAAGAGUUCAACCUUCCACGGGAAUGUAUCCGAAAUUAUUUUCCUUCCCGAAAAUGUUUUACACUCCCAUUCCCAGCUAUACCAGAGAAAGUGUCUCGUCUGGACAGCUUGGACCCUGCUGACCUUUCCCCAGAUUUCCAGAAUGUCUCAAAUUGUUUCUGCAAGUUUAUCUUUGACAGAAGUGAAGUGAAAAAGCUGAAAGAUGGAUACACAGUCACAGGCAGAGUCUUGGGUCAGCUGGUCAAGACAUAUGUCGACACAAUCUCCAGUGGUGAAGUUCCAUUUCUGGAGAACGCUGUGGUUGCCAUGGCAACGAUUGAGAAUGAGGCUGCAGUGAAGGAGGGGCUUGAGGUGUACAAGAGUGGAAUGGAGAAGCUGAAGAAGUCCUUCCCUCUGGAACUGAAGAAUGUGUCCUCAGAACACCAACGUCUCAGUCUCUUGGCAACACAAACCUUCAUGAAGCGUUCCUUUAAGGACAGCGAGGGAACAUAUAUAAAAAGUCUCGAGGAACACAUUCAUAACCUAUUUCAUGGAUACCUGGGCCAAAAUGAGGAGGCAUCAAAGAAAAGAUGUGAGGAUCUCUUGUCAUCCCUCUCUGCAACAAUGACAGAAAAACUCAAGACAGGAUUUUAUGCCAAACCUGGUGGUUACGUUCUCUUCUCCCAGGACCUUGAAGACAUUAUAAAGAAAUACAAAUUCCAAGCAAAUAAAGAAGUCAAGGCAGAAGACACAGUUGAAAAGUUUCUGAAGAGGAAGUCUGUGGAAUCCAAAGCUAUUCUGCAGGCUGACAAAAAACUGACUGACCAGGAGAAAAAGAUUAUGGAGGAAAGAGAGAAGGCUGUUCUUCUGGCUCAGGAGAUAAACACCAAAGAAAAAAAGCAGCAACUUCUAGAAGAGGAGAUGGAAGCUCAGAGACACAGUAAUGAAGAGAGUAUAAAGGAGAUGAUGAAGAAGAUGGAUGAAGAGAUGAAGCUUCAGAAAGAGGAGUUCAGAUGUGCCACGGAGAGUAAACUGAAGGAGAAAGCUGCUCUGUUAGAGAUGGACUUUAGAGAGAAAGCAGAGAGGAUGUCUAAAGAGAUUGAAGACUUCAGGAGGAAGAAUGAGGAAGCAGAAAAGAAAAGUGACAAGCUGUUUAAAAAGAUGAUAAAGAACAUAAACAAAAAACAUGAUGAGACAAUGAAACUGAUGAUGAGGGAACACAACGAGAAGAUGAAAGCCAUCAUGAGCAUGCCGAGACCUUCAUCAGACCCUUCCGCGCCACUCUUAUGUCUUCUACUUCGAGGUCUCAUUGGUGGUUCUGGGACCGGUUCUAGUUCACAUUCAUGUUCGUGUCCCUGUUAAUGCUAUUUAAAUCUUUGUGCAUUAAACUUUCACCAGAAUUAACUCCACCUCCUAUCUAUCUGUUUGUCCUGCCAUGUUCCCAUCAUCCAGACCAGACCUGCUUAAGGACCUUUCAGUUUAUUGUCAUGAUCGACUAGGAUUCAGACCCUGAACAUUUUGGAUUCCUCUUCCAUUCAAGUCCCAUCAUCAAGGGGACACCUCCACCCAUUUUUUUUUGAUUGAAUGAGAAUGCAAAUUUAAACAUAACACACUGACCUAACAUCACUUUCAAAGAACUUUUUAAAGAUACUAAUGAAAAAAGAAUUGGAGUACUAAGCAUCUCGUUUUUUUAAUGGUGCAGACUUCUAGUUCAGGGUGUCUACAGAUUUAAGAUAUACCUUAUACCUUAUAUACCUUAUAUAAGAUAUAAGGAAGUAACAUUUUUAAGACCAUUUUAGCGCCACUUUAUAUGAAAUUUAAGACCAAACCUGCCAUGGACAUACUCAUUGUAAGACAUACAUAUUUCAUAUACACAGCCUUUGAAAAUUUAGAGACCACUCAAAUUCCUUUCGGUUUGCUGCAUUCAUUUUUUUGAAACUAUGGACAGAAUUUCAGCCAAAUUAAAAUUAAAAUAUUGCUUUAUAUUUGCACUUAUUUUAACAAAAAUUAAAAGGGAAAAUUGGUUUUCAGAAUACUUAAAAUAUUUUAAGAUUUAUUAAGAUGUUUGCAAAAAUAAACAUAUGUGACCCAGUCAGAAAACCAGACUAAAGUCUCUGAAUCUAAUUAUGAGAAAACGAGCAUCAAAUUAGAUUUCAAGCAGUUAUUUCACUAUUUCAAUCUUUGACAUGGCCCUCACUCAGUCAAUAUGAAAUAUAUCAAGGUUAUAUUUUUACAGAAUGUUCCUUAUGUUAUUAUACUUUAGAUGGGUUUUAACAGACUUGGUCAAAUGGAAUAAACCUGAUUUAUAAUCACAGCUUUCAUUCAAUAUACACUUUACUGUAUGUCACUCCUGAUGUUUGUUUCUGGUGAAAUUCAAGAUAAACUGGACUGGAAUAGUGUCUGGUGCAAGGCUUCAAAGUUUGUGUGUAGAAGCUUUAUGGGACAGAGCCUCUUAAGUGUCCAUUGUUGGUGAGGUGUAGAAAAAUGUACAAUUAAGAGAUGUUUCGGAAGCAAUUGAUGCACCAGAAGAACUUUACCUUGUAGCUCCAAAUGGUCAGGAUAUACCAUUCAUUGGAUGGAUGAAAGUCACUUUUAGUUUGGCGCCUACUGAAGGAAAGGACAGAGAGUUCAUCAUACCUAUCUUUCCUGGCUAAACAAGACAAGUAAGAAAGAUGAAUUCUGCCCCUUACGGGUCCAAAAAAUGACAGAAAUCUUACAGAAGAUAAUUAGAAGCAAGCAGCCAUGGAACUUGCACAAACACCCAUGAUCAGACACGGUGCCGCUCAAAGCAUGAAUACCAGACUGCGUUACUGAACGUGAGACAGAUUUCCACUAGUAAUGUCAUCAAUGAACAAUGAUCAACGUCUACAAAGUCCACAUCUGGUUCCCCAAAUCACAAGAUUCGAUUAGCGACAGGGGCAACAAUCCAAUUUACUGCAGCAUCUUAUGGCAUUGGGUAUCAACUCCCCACUCCGACACUAGCAAUGGCAGCACACAUGACAUCAGUGGCCAGGAAUAAUGACGCACACCGCCCAACUAACGUCCUCUGCAUAUAUACACCCAGGAUACAGCCUAUAGGACAAACCUCAGAUUAUGACCAAAUGAGGGCGAUUGCCAGUUUUGGCACAAUCGCAACAAUGAAAAGACAUAUUGUGCAACAGAUGUUGAGAGAGGAAGCAGCUUCAGAAGGGUUACAAUUAAACAUCUGGUUGAAAGAUUUACAAUUAUGCAUUUGGCAGACGCUUUUAUCCAAAGCGACUUACAUUGCAUGAUACUAUACAUUUGUCUCUUAAGUAUGUGCAAUUCCUGGUAUUGUCCCCAUGACCUUGGUGUUGCUAAAGCAAUGCU